AUUCAAAAUGAAAUAUUUAAUAUUUUUAUUAAUGAAAAUAUGAGAUUUACUCACCUUUAUGCACAUAAAAAAUUUGAUAAUCAAAUAAAGUUUAUUUAUGGAUCUGAACUUUGUUUUUCUGAAAUUGAAUACCUUAGUUGUAGUACUAGUAUAAAUGAUAGUAUUAUGUCAAAAUUAACAGAAGCAUGUAAUACAAUUAAGCAAUUGGAGCUUUUUAUUGGAAUGGAAAAUAAUAAUUGUGGAAUUAUUGAAUUAAUUGGGGCUCAAAAAAAAUUAUUAAAGAUUGAUUUAACUAGUCAUACAUAUGGCAAUGAAUUAUUUUGUAAAAAUCUUGAAAAUUCUUUGAUUAAACAUGCAAAUACCAUACAAUAUUGUAAGAUUUGUAGACAACCUUCAACUAAUUUUCUUGCAUCUUUUAUAAACUUAAAAGAAUUAGAAUUGGGUUGUGAUAUACGAGUCUUUACUUCAUGGAAUUUUUUAGGAAGUUUAUCUUUUCCCUUUUUACAAAUUUUAAAAUCUAGUGGUGUGCCAAUUGAAGCCUUAAUAAGAUUAAUUAAAAAUACACGCGGAUCUCUUAUUGAAAUUAAAAUAGAUCGUGUAAGACAUGAUGAAAUUAGUAAUAAAAGACUCAUCCAAGUUAUUUAUCAAAAAUGUCCAAAUAUCAAGUAUCUUAAACUAUUGAUUAGAAAUUCCAACAUCCUAGAAUUAGAAUCUUUGUUGAUUAAUUGUAAGCAUUUAGAUGGAUUAUUUAUCCUUAUUAGUCAUGUUCAAGAUCGUACAUUUCUUUGGCCUAAAUUGUUUGAUAUAUUAUCUAAAUCAUCAUCAUCCAGUUUAUUUAAAUUCAAGUUUAAUUCUAAUAGGUUACCUCAAAUGAAAACCUUUAAGUUAUUUUUUGAUAAUUGGAAAGGAAGAAAUCCUAUGUUUUUACAAAUCCUUUCUUAUGAUGCAAUUAUUGAUUUGGGGAUAAUCAUAGAAAGAUAUAAGUCAGAAGGAAUAAUUGAAAAAUUUGAAUAUAAUUGUCAGAACCAUAAAAUUGAAGAUUUUGAAUGGAAUUAAUAAGUUUAAAAUUUUAUACUAUAUUUAAGAAAUUCUCUCUUUUUUUUGAAAUAUUUUUAUGAUACUUUACAGGUGGAUAGUAUUAUUUCUGUACUUUAAAUGUAAU